GGCUGACCUCUGACAGUACACCGCUUUCCGGCUCGCAAAUACGGAAGCAGCAUGGCGUCAAACACCGACAUCUCCGAGCGCCAAAGAAGUGCACGGCAAAGACUGAGAAUUAUAGCCGGCCAUUUGCAGCAAAGUGAGGGAAAUGAACACACGGUGUUAUCCGCACAAGACUGUAAAGCCGAGACUCCAAGGUCCAGCGCUGUUAAAGUGACCGCGGUCCCGAAAAGAAGGCAAGAAAUACUGAAGUGGAAUGGCUGGGGUUACAGCGAUUCACGUUUUUUCUUUAACAAGAAAGGCCAGGCUGAGUUUACAGGCAAAAGGUAUCGGUUAAGUGGUCUCCUUCUACCCAGCCUGAAGGACUGGUUUGAGGGUACAUUUGGUGCCAACCUACAACAUAAAACCCCAGCUACGGCCAGUCUGAAUGUGAGUGCUCUCCCACCCCCGAACCUGAGCGAGCUGUUUGUGGAGGAGCUGAAGGCUGCCGGUGUGGUCCUGUCAACUGACCCAGAGGACAGAGUGUUCCGCUCUCAUGGUCACUGCCUACAUGAGAUCUUUGCCUUGAGAGAGGGGAGAAUUGGAAGAAUACCAGACAUGGUGGUUUGGCCAAGCUGUCACGAUGAUGUAGUGAAGAUUGUGGAGCUGGCCUGCAAGCACAAUGUGUGUGUGAUACCGUUUGGAGGUGGUACAAGUGUGUCCAGUGCUCUCGAGUGCCCUCCAGAGGAGACUCGAACCAUUGUCUCGCUAGACACCUCUCAGAUGAAUCGAAUAUUGUGGAUUGAUGAGAAAAACCUAACAGCCCAUGUAGAGGCUGGCAUUAUUGGCCAGGACCUGGAAAGGCAGCUGAAUGAGAGUGGCUAUUGCACUGGACAUGAGCCGGACUCUAUGGAGUUUAGCUCUCUCGGAGGCUGGGUGGCUACACGUGCAUCAGGCAUGAAGAAGAACAUCUACGGCAACAUCGAAGACCUGGUGGUACAUAUAAAGAUGGUGAGCCCUAGAGGUGUGAUUGAGAAGAGCUGCCAGGGUCCAAGAAUGUCCACUGGGCCAGACAUCCACCAUUUCAUCCUCGGAUCUGAAGGCACACUGGGUGUGGUCACCGAGGUUACAAUAAAGAUCCGUCCAGUCCCUGAGUAUCAGAAAUAUGGCUCUGUCGUCUUCCCAAACUUCCAGCAGGGUGUGGCCUGUCUGCGAGAGGUGGCUAAACAGAGAUGCUCUCCAGCUUCUAUUAGACUGAUGGACAACGAGCAGUUUCAGUUUGGUCAUGCUCUUAAACCUCAAGUGUCCUCCAUCUUCACAUCGUUUUUGGAUGGGCUGAAAAAAUUUUACAUCACAAAGUUUAAAGGCUUUGAUCCCCAUCACCUGUGUGUGGCCACGCUGCUGUUUGAAGGAGAUCGGGAGAAGGUGUUGCAGCAUGAGAAACAGGUUUAUGACAUUGCUGCCAAAUUCGGGGGCCUGGCAGCAGGAGAAGAUAACGGACAGAGAGGAUACAUGCUCACCUUUGUCAUCGCUUACCUGCGGGACUUGGGGAUGGAUUAUUAUGUGAUAGGCGAGUCGUUUGAGACGUCAGUGCCUUGGGACAGAGUUUUGGACCUGUGCAGAAAUGUAAAGGAGAGGAUAGUGAGAGAGUGUAAAGAGAGAGGAGUGCAGUUUCCACCACUGUCUACAUGCAGAGUAACACAGACCUAUGAUGCCGGUGCCUGUGUGUAUUUCUACUUUGCCUUCAACUAUAGAGGUCUCAGUGAUCCAAUACAUGUCUAUGAGCAAGUGGAGCACGCAGCCAGAGAGGAGAUUCUAGCCAAUGGGGGAAGCCUGAGUCACCAUCACGGAGUGGGCAAGCUGCGGAAGGAGUGGAUGAGGGAGACUAUCUCCAGCGUGGGUCUGGGCAUGCUCAAGUCCGUAAAGGACUACGUGGACCCCAACAACAUAUUUGGCAGCAGAAACCUCCUGUAACACCACUUCCGUUUUUUUGUUUUUUUUUUCCCCCCCCCUUCGUUGCACAUAACCCCAUUGGAAUUAAGGCAUAAUACGUGCUAAUUUUUUUAUGUAUGCAAAACAAGCAGUGAUUUGUGUUUUUGCUUAAUCACUUUGGUUCAGCUUUUGAUCGGUAUCUAAUUCUGUUUAAGUACCUUACAAACCUCGGCACAAGACUAAACACUUCCCACCCUCUCUGUCCCCUCCCACCGCCUCUCCCGCCCCUUCUUCACGUUUCAUUUAUACUGCUGUGAGAAAGGUGAAAGUUCAGACAUGACGUCUGACGAAUCCGAUUAUUUUAUUGCAUUUUUUUCCAGCUUCACAAAUCCAUCGACUGCCAAUGAGAAGUUGCCUUUCACAGAAAGUUAGGUCAAGGAAAUUGACUAUGAAACACUGAUUAUAUAAAAAUGAUGUUUGUUUACUCUCUUCCCAUUUUUCAUCUCUUGCUGAUCUUGCCAACUUUGGCUUGAUCUAACUUUUGAUAUAUUAAAUGAACGGAUGUGUAGUUUGUGUGUGACAAUACUUUAGACUUUGACUGCGUUGUGCUUUUAAAAGCAGUGUGCCUUCUCUUUCUGUCUGUGUGGGUGUUGGCCUUGCCUUCCUUUACCUCACUCCUUUUUUUUUUUUUUCUUUAAAAAAAAAAAAUGAGUGACUCCAUUUAAAGUCUGCUGUCUCUUCACACAGCUCCUUUGUAUAACUGCAGUUCCAUACAUCUCGUCUUGCCUUUUCUAAUGGUCUGUUCCAACUUUUUUGCCAGGGUCUUCGUGUGUACACUUGGAUGUUUUAUCUACAGUUCCUUCAGAAAUUUUGAAAUGUUUGUAUGCGUGCCUGUUCAGUGUAAAUUGUAGGAUUCAUGUCCGUUCGUAGGAGUUUCACUUUUCUCCUACAUAACUUGCUCUAGCAUGGUGACUGCAUCAAAGCUCCUGAUUCUUUCCUCUGUGCAGUAAAUUUGAUCAUGGAGUCCUUUGAGAGAACAGUUUGCUUUGUUAGUGUAUAAUAAUGAAGUUGUGAGACCCCUGUCCUCCUACCAAAGACAUUCAGCCUUUCAAUUCUUUGGCUAUAUGCAUUCAUGCACCUGUAAAUUAUGAAUAUAUGUCCUAUAUCACAUGCAUAUAUUUGUUUAUAAAUGACCAUCUAAGAGUCACCCUGACUAUUUGUAAUUUUUAAGUCUUGUUUGCAACACAACAUAUGCAAAAAAGUAAGAGAUGAUCUGUAAAUAUUAGGAUUAGGGAUUCAGGAUUAGUACUAGUUUCAUGUUUGUUCAAGCUCACAAAGAAGCCUGGCUAUGGAUGAUAAGUAGAUACUUGAUUUUCAGCUCCUUUGUGAAAAGAUGUCUGUCUGUUUGUCUGAAAGCAUCAACACCUCCUAAUGUCUGUAAGUUUUGUGUUCGUGUUACUUACGAAUUACUUAUGAUUUGCCUUCUCAAUCAAAAAUUGAUUUCUGCACUGAUUUGGCUUUUGCUCUUUAUAUUCACACUCUUGAAGGAAAACUCCAAGCGUUUUUUCAGCAUCAUGUCUGUCCAUUAAAUGUCUGGCAUAUGUGCAUUUACUACAAACAAGUAUUUCAACACACUUGUAUAGAGAACAGAAUGAAAAGACUAAUUUCUAAAACUCACUUUCUGAAGUCUAAGGGCAGGUGUUUAAAUGAUUGUCCAGCCAUAAACUACAAUCUGUGAAUAUAAAAGUCUUUAAAACAAAAAACAAAACAAAAAAAACCUGCUUCUCAUAAACAAAUAAACCUACCCUGAUUUAUAGGUGACGUUUAGUAUUAAAAUACUUGUGAUUCAACAUUUUAAUUGUAAAUAAAUCAAAUGCAUUUUGUUUUAUGUAGUGAUGCACUCUUCCACUUGUUCCAUGCCCAGAAGAGAAUUUUCUGAUACUUGAUACUGAUCCAAUACUGUGUACACAUACAGUGUUUAGUACCUGAACAGCAACAAAUACUUCAGUGGAUUCGAUUUGAUAAAUGCCAACUCUGAUACAAUACUAAAUCUGUAUUAGGUCAAUAUCUGGACCAAAACUGCUCAGUAUCAGUCCAUCUCUGUACAAUUUUUGCCCUUAGAUGUCUAAUAUGAGUGAGAUUUGAGUAAUGAGGUCUUCAGGUCUGUUAUCAAUGCAGGGAAAAAUUUCCAACUUGUCAGUGGUUGUCACAUGUACAUUCGAAAUAUGGAAGACUGAAAAAUAAAUGCUUGAGUAUUCCUUUAAGCUGAAACCUAAGCCUUCCUAGUAUAUUGCUUUAUGGUGCUAGAGUAAAAUGCAAAGUUACUGAUGUCAAAUUCCUCAUUUUAAUUUUUGUAUAAUCUCUGCAUUUCUACCAUUCUGUUGGUCCAACCAACCCUCCUGUGAUGAUUUCUAUGCAUCAUUUUCCCAUAUAGAUGAUAACGAAACUAUUUUCAACAACCGAGUGCUUAGUCUGUCACACACUGCUUUGUGAAUCAUGUUUAAUGGAAGCUGCUGUAAAUACUUACUGAAACCAGUCUGGCUUCUCUCUGUGAAAUAUGGAAUGAAGGAAAUGUUGGGGCUUUUUUUUUGUCCCCCUGUGAACAUUUUCUGAACAUUCUUAGCAGCCUGUUCCUGCCAUUUCACAACCUAUAAAUGUCAAGGAUGCUCCUUUGGUCAUUCUCUAGUUUCCUUGGUAACAUGUUUAACCUUGGCAUCCUUUUUGUCAGUGCUGUUUGUGCAAUAAAUUAGCAUCUAAAUUCUAAAA